AAAGGGCUACAACAUUAUGAAAGUAAACAAUGCUAUGAUCGAUCAACAGAUUGUAGGCUUCACCAUAUAUAUAAUUUCUAUAAGCUAUAAACGCGUGCGAUCGUGCAAUUAUUCAAAUUGAUCAUAUGAAGCGAGUUUGUUAAAGCCAUGCUCUUCGACAAUAUUUAUUCUCGUUUCAAUUUGCUCAAAUUUCUUCUUUUAGUGUCAAUUUUAUUUCUAGCAAAGGCCAUCACCAACCCUGAAGUAGAUGAUGAAAGACCAUUUUCCUAUGAUGUCGAUGCUCCUAAUGGACCACCAAAUUGGGGCAUCCUUAAUCCAAAUUGGACACUUUGCGAGACUGGUAAAAGUCAAUCUCCCGUAAAUAUAUUUACCCGAAGAGUCGUGGUUCAACCUUCCUUUAGAUCUGUGAGACGACGGUACAAGCCAGCACCGGCUGUAAUAAAAAAUAGAGGACAUGAUAUCGAGGUAGAGUUGACAGGAGAUGGAGGAGGUAUUAUAAUUAAUCGAAUUGAAUAUAAGUUGGUUCAACUUCACUGGCACAUUCCUUCUGAGCAUACAGUCAAUGGAGUUAGAUACGACAUGGAGUUGCAUCUUGUUCAUGUCACUCUUCGAGGCGAUAUUGCUGUUGUUGGCUUGUUGUACAUGUUGGGAUCAUCAGAUCUUUUUCUAAGACGGAUUUCGCCGUAUCUACAAUCAGCAAAUGAGAAAGGAGUUAACUUGGGGAUCAUCAAACCAUCGAACAUUAAGUUUAGAGGCAAAGAAUAUUUUCGAUACAAUGGUUCUCUUACAACUCCCCCGUGUUCCGAAAAUGUUAUUUGGACAGUGUUGAAAAAGGUACAAACUGUUUCAAUGCAGCAAAUAAGAGCAGUAAAGGAUGCUGUGGAUGAUGGAGGUGCAGGAAAUGCUCGGCCGACUCAUCCUUUAAACGGGAGGAGCGUUUACUUUCAUCAACGAAAAUAGUUCCAAAUGUGGCAAUUUAAUUAUGUAUCACUAUUCUAUAAAAUUCAAUUUUGUGCAGGAAAUAUUGUGCCAAGUUGGUAUCGAUUUUAGUAUAUUAGCACGGUGCAUAUCAAUUAAAGUAAUCGGGCAGAAAGUAGCGCCGCUCUACUAAAAUUAGCACCAAGGACACGGGGUCUUCUGCGCUAAAAUAACUUUUAUACACGGCAUAUUGGAACUUUCGACAUAAUGGGAUGAGGAUACACACACAUACUACAUUCAUACAUAUGUUAA